UAGCGUCUCCCAAGGAGGAGUAAAGAAAAGGAAAAACCUCAUGAAAAGCUGACCGAAUGAAUGGAAAAUGCUACUGGUGGCCGAAAAGACCGAGGGUAUGGAUGGAGGCGGGUGACUAGUCUGUGGCGCGGAUGAUUUUCAGUUCAGCCCAAAGCGGAAACGAGGGCUUGCGUAGGGAAGGUUGGGACAGGGAAAAGCAAGGGGAUAGAUUGGGUUUUAUUACAGUUGCUUCAGGCAAAUGAUAAGGAAAAAGAGAGCCGCUCCGGUGAAAUGAAAAUUUACGGGAAUCUGAGCGUCCGACGUACAUUGCUGCGCCUUUUUCAUGCUUCAACAGGUUAUUGCAGCCCCGCAGAGAGCACUUACGUCCGCUUUUUUGCCCCCAAAUCCAUACCCCGGCAUUUACCUUCCAGUUAUUUGCCUUGUAAACUGAGACGGAGCCGUGAAGAGAGCGGAUGUAAGCGAGGAUACGUUUUAAAUCGCUCUGUUCUCUUUUAGACGUGGGGAAGGACGGGUGUGAGUUUGAGAAGUAAGUUUAGUGGCAGGCAAUUUUAGUUAAGGAUUUAAAAAGGACUUCUGAAAAGACGACGCGGAGUCUAAACUAAGCGAAGUUUCUCCGGGAUCCGGUGCAGGUAACGCGACUUAAAAGGCAAUUGGGACAGGAAGCAUUGUAGCAAUCUGACUUGAUUCAUGCAUUAAAAAAAACAGCAAAUUAUGUGUAGCUGGCAACAUAGAACAAAAUAAAUCGAGAGUUUGAAAGAGCCGUGCAGGCGUGGAGAUCGUUUGAACUGCGGCCAGCGGCUGGGAGAGACAAAGCGGAGAGGAACGAUCCUGACCCCGAUGGUGCUGUCCCGGCCGGCCGGCGCGUUUGGGGCUCGGAGCGACGAGAGGGACCCGAGAUCCAGAUGCACAUAGAUGGUACCGAAGUGGAGAAUGAACUCAGUUUUGCAUCGGUCACCGCCGCGGGGCUGGUUUCUCCGGUUACGGCUCAAUGAAAAGCCCGCCCAGGAAGACAAGUGUGUGGUCUGCCAGCAUCCCGACUGCCCCGACCGCCGGAGGGCUGCCAAGGUGUGCCACCAUCCGGAUUGCCAGGACCUGAACAACAAGAGUCCGCUCAGCCUCUGUGAAUCAUGUGACACUCGCUGCCACCUGCAUGACAUGGAUAACCUGCACCUCGAGCGGCACCCUCGCUUCGACCUGCAGCCGCAAGGCUCCAUCCUGGCCCGGAACGUGUCCACUCGCUCCUGUCCCCCAUGCACCAGGCCGCCCUUCAACCUGGAUGAGGAGGAGGAUGGAGGAAGUGGCAAGGGGGGCCCGAAAGUGGGCAGGAACAAGAACAACCCCCGGAGAUACCUCACAGAUGACCCCAGCAAAGAGUGCUUCUGCCUGAAAUUUGAUCUGAACGUGGACAUUGACCCCGAGGUCGUCCCGGCCAUGAAGAAGAAGACCUUGCGGGAGGUGCUGGGGCCUGUGUUCGAGCGGAAGGGGAUCCAGUUGUCCCGAGUGAACCUGUUCGUGGACCAGUCCAACACCCCCCUCUUGCUCAGCUUUGAGGCGUACCGAUUUGGAGGACAGUACCUCAAGGUGAAAGCACGGCCAGGCGAGGAGCUGAAGGUGGAGCAGGGAGUGAAGGACCUGCGUUCCCUCAGCCUGCCCAUCAUGAAGCCGUCUUCCGCACAGAGCCCCUACAUCCUCACCCCCGGCAGCGAGAGGGUGGAGCACGGCUCUCUGGGACGCCACGAGGCCGUCGACCUGCUGCCACUUCAGGGUCAAGCUCGGCCCAGGAAGAACUUGCCAGCCUUCCUGGGCGAUGCCAGCAUCCCGUACUCGGACGCUGGGCCCCAGCUGCCCAUUGUCGGCACCCCCUCCCUGAACCAGGAGAGCCGAAAGAACCGGACCACCGGCCGACUCAGUGUCUUCUUCGGCACCGGCACAGGCACGAAUACAAUUGGCAAGGAGGUGGAACGAGUGGAGCAGCUACAGAACAAGCUGCACUCCUACACACUGUUCGGCCUGCCCAAGGUGCCCCCCCAGAUUACCUUUCACCAGGACUCUUGGGAGGAGGAAUGGGAGAUCAACCUUUCCUUGGAGGACAGCUGGCAACAGUUGCUGGAUAACCCUAAGUCGCUGAGCAAGUGGCAGGUCCACCAGCAGGAGGCGAUCUGGGAGCUGCUGCAGACCGAGGCCACCUACAUCAAGAAGCUGAGGGUCAUCACCGAUCUUUUCUACAGCUGCCUGCUGAACCUUCAGGACAGCAAACUCCUCCAGGAGGUGAACCCCAUACGCCUCUUCAGCAACAUCCAGGACAUCGUGCGGCUGCACACGGCGCUGUGGGCUGAGGUCAUGCUGCCCGCCGUGGAAAAGGCUCGUCAGGCCCGCACACUGCUGGACCCCGCACACCUGGAGGAGGGCUUCCGCACCAUCGACGUCCGAUUCAAGCCCUACAUCCAGUACUGCAUGGAGGAGGAGGCCUGCAUGGAGUACAUGAAGAGCCUGCUGAGGGACAAUGAGCCCUUCAGGAUGUACGUGACGUGGGCUGAGACGCACAAGCAGUGUAACCGACUGAAGCUGACUGACAUGGUAGUGAAGCCGCACCAGAGGCUGACCAAGUACCCCCUGCUGCUGAAGAGCGUGCUGAAGAAGACGGACGAGCCGGCCGGCCGCGAGGUCCUCAGCGGCAUGGUGGCCUCGGUCGAGGCCUUUAUCAACAGCGUGGACAGUCAGAUGCGGCAGCGGCAGGAGCAUAAAAAACUGGCCUCCAUCUCGAGCCGCAUCGAGUCCUAUGAGGCCGUGGAUGGGGGCGGCGAGGAGGUUGAGAAGAUCCUGCGAGAGUACAACUGCUUCGACCUGAUGGCCCCCAUGAAGGGGACACCGCCAGGGGAGACGCGGCAGCUGCACAUGGAGGGACCGCUGCGCAUGAAGGAGGGGAAGGACAGCAGGAUGGAUGUUCACUGCUUCCUGUUCACCGACAUGCUGCUGAUCACCAAGCCAGUAAAGCGUGAGAAGGUUAAAGUCAUCCGCCAGCCCCUGUUCAUCCACAACAUGGUGUGUAAGGAGCUGAAGGACACUGGCUCCUUCCUCGUCAUCUACCUCAACGAGUUCGGCAACGCGGUGGCCGCCUACUCCUUCCAGGCCAACAGCACCACCCAGGGGCGGAGCUGGACAGACGCCAUCUGUAACGUCCGGAACCAGCUCCAGAAGCUUCACUCCGAGGAGCUCCGGCGGAAGCAGAAGCAAGCCGGGGGCGUAGCGGAGGAGGAGGAGGAAGAGAGCAGUAACUCCACGGCCAGCUCCCCCUGCCUGCGGCACAAGGACCAUCAGGCUGAAAGCCAAUCAGACGGCUCCACCGAGACCCUAUCCGUGGCGGUCAUGGAAGACGGCGGCGACUCGUCAUCGCAGGAAGCGAUCCCAAACGGCUCUGCAGAUGAGGCCUCCCUGGUCGGGGUUGACGUAUGCAGCUCCGGAUUGAUGGCCGUAGAGUCCCACCGUGAGGGACUGCAGACCGACAGCCUGGAUGUGCCAGGGACGGCGGAUCGCUCCAUGUCCAUAGACAGCGCCUAUGGCACGCUGUCGCCAGAGUCCCUGCUCCGACAGCUGUCCCUGAGGGAGAGGCCUGGCCAGGGAGAGGAGGAUGAGGAGGACACGGAGGGUGAGGCGGAGGAGACGGAGGGCGAGGAGCUGGUGGAGGAGUCAGACGAGGAGGAUCCCACCCGCAUGGGUUCCCAGCUCUCUGUCACCGACUCCGUCAAGCUGCGGCGCUGCACACCAGUGCAGAAACACCAGCGCUGUCUACAGAACCUCGCCAUCAAGUGCCACUCCGAGGACAACCUGCUGCAGCGGACGCAGGGAGGCGUGGAGGCACGCUGCAGCGCCGGCAACGUGAUGAGGACACGGCUCGCCAACAGGAGGGCCGGCCUCAUCCACAGCAGAAGCUUGUCGCAACUCAACAAGCAGGACUUCCUGUUCCAGGCUGAGCACGCAGACUCCGCUGAGGACCUGUCCGCUAGAUGCGACAGCUCAGGCGCUUUAACGGACACCUCGGAGUGCACGGACUCUCGGCAGGUUCAGAGUACCCUGACUGGGUCGGACGGCGAGAUGACGUCCUCAUUCUCCCUGGGAGAGUCGGGCGGCUCUGAGGAGCCUGAGGACACGGAGCCUGAGGUGGCCAGGAGAUCGCCGAUGCAGCAGCACAAGAAGCUGACCCUGGCGCAUCUGUACCGCAUACGCACCACCGUCAUGCUCAACUCCACACUCUCGGCAUCGGAAGUGUAGCAUUCCCAGUUAUCUCCUGCUCCGGACAUGGAUCUGCACUACUGGGGCUCACCAUCCAGUGGGAUCAAGUUCCCUGCAACGCCAACGCUUCCUUAAGUUAGAUCUUGUGCUGCAUCCUCCCGUACCUGAGACUGAGAGACCACCGGAAACCUGAUCUGGACUGUUUCUUCUGAGUACAGCCUCAUGGUUGUGACAGCAGCAGCACUGGUUUCCACUGUGUUCUCUCGCGUAAGACUUUGUAGUUUGCCAGGAAAGGGAGUACAGUAUUGUUUUGCACUUAGUAGGUUUAAAUUUGUAGAGGAGAAGUUGCUCCAGGUCUUCAAGCAGCCUGGAACAUAAACAUGUUGGGAUUAGAAAUGGGAGGCUGAUCAUGAGCGCCUUGCGCCCUCGCUGUUGACCUCUGACCUGAGAGGCGCCAGCUGCUCAUGGAUAACUUGGGAGGAACGGACUGAGCACGCGUGGACCCUGAUGCCCACGGACUCCGAAAAGGAUGCGAGGAGUCGAAACUCGUGAACGACCGUGAUACCAUAGUCCUGCAGCAACUCUGACUUCUCUGUGCUCCUUCGAAAAAAAAAAAAAAUUUGUCGUGGUGGAAGAAAAAAAAAAAAAAAACACAUGGCUCUUCUCAAAAGAAAA